AUGGCUGUUUUCUGUAUCCUGAAUAACUCCGCCCAACUUGUUGAUCAAACCAAUAACCGCACCUUGGAACUCGGUUGGCGACGUCAUCACAACGUUCAUGAUUGGUUCCAACACAACGGGCUGGGCACUCAUAAACGCCUGUUUGAACGCGAACUGCGUGGCAGUCUUGAAAGACAGCUCCGAAGAGUCCACCACGUGAGUUUGACCAUCGUCAAUCAGCAUGUGCACUCCCAAAACACGCGAGCCCGUCAAUGGACCCUUCUGGAUGCUCUCGUCGAAUCCCUUUUGACAGGCCAACAGAUACUUCUCUGGGAUCUUACCUCCAACAAUCUUGGUUUGGAAGUUAUUGAUGAACCGGAUAUCGUCCUCGGCAGUGGCUCCCACGUACUCCGGAUCGCACAUGGUGGUGGACUUGAACUCUCCCAUCACCUUGGCGUACUGACCGGCACCUCCAGAUUGCUUCUUGUGGGUGUACUCGAACGGAGUCGAGCCCAAAACGGUUUCUCUGUACGAAACGCGUGGCCGGCCCACUGUGCAGUCCACGUUGUACUCACGGCGCAUUCUCUCGACGUAGAUCUCCAAAUGGAGCUCGCCCAUUCCGCUGAUGAUGGUCUCCUUGGAGUCCUUGUCGUAGUGGACUCUGAAAGUAGGGUCUUCUUUUUGGAACCGGUUCACAGCUUUCGAGAAAUUCACCGCGUCGGUGGUCUUAGGUGUGACCGACAACGAAACAACAGCAUCAGGAACGUACAUCGACGACAUGGAGUAGUUGACCUGGCCGUCGGUGAAGGUAUCUCCAGAAGAGCAGUCGAUACCGAACGUUGCGCAGAUUUCUCCAGCUCCGGCCUCGUCCACGUCCUCCAUGUCGUUCGAGUGCAUUCUCACGAGCCGGGCAACCUUGACCUUCUUGCCCGACUUGACGUGGGUGAUCAUCAUGCCUUUCUUCAAACGGCCCUGGUAAACACGCAGCUUCUCACCCUGACUGCCCUCGAAAUAGACGCUCUGACGGUCGAUGAUGUUCACCACACCGCUCAGAUCCUUCUCGGCUCCAAUAGGCACCUGAAUAGCAGCAGCAGCCAUCUUGAGCUUCGAGUUGAUCUGCUCCACACACCGCCACGGAUUAGCGCCCAUUCUAUCCAUCUUGUUAAUGAAAGUGACUCUUGGAACGUUGUAUCUCUUCAUCUGUCUAUCCACAGUGACUGUCUGCGAUUGCACACCGGAAACAGCACAAACCACCAAAACAGCUCCGUCCAAAACCCGCAGCGCUCUCUCGACCUCGAUCGUGAAAUCAAUAUGGCCCGGGGUGUCGAUCAGGUUGAAAUGGUAGUGCUCGUUGUCCUUGUCCCAGGAACAGUAGGUUGCAGCCGACUGGAUGGUGAUACCUUUCUCUCUUUCGAGAUCCAUAUGGUCCAUCUUGGCUCCAACACCGUCUUUUCCACGAACGUCGUGGAUCGCCUUGAUCCGUCCCGUGUAGAACAGCACACGCUCGGUGAACGUGGUCUUGCCCGAGUCGAUAUGGGCGGAAAUACCAAUGUUCCGCAUCUUGGCCAACCGGCUCACGUCAGACUCGGUCAGCUGGCUGGACAGCCCGUCCAGCACCGCCUUCUCCUCCUCGACGACGUGGUGGUGGCCGUGGCCGUGGAGGUGGCCGUGGAACUGGUAGCACUCGUGGUGGCACUGCUCGAGCCGCUGUUCUGCGCAGCCGACGACGCAGCAUCCGCCGAGGACACAGACGCGUACCACGAAGAUGUGUCGACCGUGAUCUCGCUCGAGUAG